UUGGCGCAACGACGCCCUCGCCUCAGGGGAUGCUCCGUUUCCCCAAGGCAGGGCCUGGAGUAAGCCCCUGGAGUGCCCCGGGACCUUUGUCUGCACCCCCGUGCCUCCUGGACCUUUCGUCCAGAAGGAGGCCUGAUGCAUUCUGGCCUCCCUGGUUGCCCUCUUUUGCACCGAUCGUGUCACUGGGGGCGGCCAAGGGGUGAUGUGUUCUUUGUUUGCUAUUGGCGACUGGCCCCAUUUCGCAGGGAAAGACCUAAUGCAUGUUGGGUCCUUUGUUUGUAGUGAACUGGAAUCCCAGGGGUCCUCAGAACCACCAAGCCAGGAGCAUGGCAUCAGCAUGCUGUCUAGCUAGUUCUCGUGUAGCAACAUUGGUCACCUUAAUUGCGGUUUUGCAAGGCAGAGUCUGUCCCCCAUUGCAGCACUAAUCCACAGGGGCUUGCCAUAUACCGUAGCAAAUGGACUGCAGAUGGCCAGUUGCAGUCUCUUACCCUGUUUUUGGUUGCAGCUCAAUGGCCAGAGCGAGAUGAGACAUUGUCUGUUGGUUACCCCUAGAGUUCCUUGGAAGACAAUGCCCCCACUGUCAUUCUGGUUCUUGACUACAUCUCUUUAUAUAAUUUACAUGUAAAUCUCUAAGUGUGUUGACGUUUCCCCGAGGGAGGACGCUUUAUAUAUUAUUUGGGAUUUACGAUAAUGCUCUUUAUUUGUGUAGCUCUUCAAGGUGCAGGAACUACAUCUUUUGCUGCAUUUUCUACCUGUGUAGGUUGUCUUUAUAUCCCCAAAAGUUAUUUACACUCUCAGUGUUUUAAUUUAUGUGGUUGUGGUCCAAAGUUUUAUUAGCUGUUGGACUCUUCUCACCCCUUUCAACCCUUUGAAGAUGUCAGUAUAAAAUAUUAUUUCAAGGAAUGAACCAGGCAACAGCAUGAUAUCUUGGAAGUAAGAAAAACGGCGUAGUAUGAGCCGGAAAGCUUUGGAGUCAGAGUACCUAAAAGCAGGUUUCCCUCCUGCCCUGUGCCAGCUAUGGGAUCUUGGGGAAAUUGUGUAAACUAUGCCUCAGUUUCCUUCUCCAGAAAAGAUAAUUCAUACCUCAUUGGAUGGUAGCAUGGAUUAAAUAAGAUGAAGCCUGUGGAAGUACUUUUCAAACUGUAAUAAUGCUAUUUAACUUUUAGCUGUGUUAUUUUCCCAACCCAGAGUAGCAUAGUACAGUAAAACCUGUGAAAGCUGGAACCUAUGCAAGGCGGAAACCUGCCAGAGAAGGAAGCAAAUAUUUUCCACUAGUAGAGAGCAAUAGAAAAGUGGUGACUGCACCCUGUCAAAGGCGGGAAAUUUGUGAGACCCGGGAAAACAAGGCAGCCCUGUCAAGUUCCAGCUCUCACAGGUUUCUUUAUCUGCUUUUGGAUAGGCUUGUGUUAUAGUGUAUGGGAUUAGAACUCAAAACUGAAGCAGGUUUUGCUCUGGGUUUGGAGAAAAUACUUUUCAGGCUUAUAAGACUGUCUUUAUCAUGACAUUUCUUUCUUGGUAUCUUACAGGUGCUGGUGUAGGACAGCCCACAAUUUGAUGGUCUAGAGUGGGUCAUGGGAGGUCCUGAAGUGAGGCCAAUGUAGCUGAUGUGUGUGUUUCAUACCACUAACGAAAUUUGUCCUUGUUGUUAGAGUUAAUAAAUGAAUUCCAGUGAACGGAGCAACUUUCUUUCCCUGUGGGGAUCCCCAUUUUAGUGACCAGCAUUGUACUUCCCAGGAGGAGGCUCAACCUCGUGAUGAGGAAUAGCAAGGAGAGAAUUCAGCUCCAGUUCAGAAGCCUGCAAAACCUGAAACUAUCAUUGCUCUUGUAAGUUUUCUCUCUGAGCUACCAUAUCCUAUCGGCUGAAAUUUCCGGCAUCCCUGGGGGAGAGGAGGCCAUCAGGGCAGACCUGCUAUGGACCUGAAAGAUUCGGCCCCAGGAUUCCAGCUUUUCCUCCUGGCCAGAAAUGUUCAGCCUGGACUCAUUCAGAAAAGAUCGGGCCCAGCACAGGCAGCGUCAGUGCAAACUUCCCCCACCCCGCCUUCCACCCAUGUGUGUCAACCCUGCCCCCGGAGGGACCAUCUCUCGAGGCCGAACGUUAACAUUUCCAACAUGGCAGCUUCUAGGGACCUAUUAAAAGAGUUCCCACAGCCCAAAAACCUUCUCAACAGUGUGAUAGGAAGAGCCCUCGGCAUCUCACAUGCAAAAGACAAACUGGUCUACGUGCACACAAAUGGACCGAAGAAAAAGAAAGUCACCCUGCAUAUAAAGUGGCCCAAGAGCGUGGAGGUGGAAGGCUAUGGCAGCAAGAAGAUUGACGCUGAGCGGCAAGCUGCCGCCGCAGCCUGCCAGCUAUUCAAGGGCUGGGGUCUACUGGGUCCCCGGAAUGAGCUGUUUGAUGCAGCCAAAUACCGUGUGCUAGCUGAUCGCUUUGGCUCCCCGGCUGACAGCUGGUGGCGCCAAGAGCCCACCAUGCCACCCACUUCCUGGCGGCAGCUGAAUCCCGACAGCAUCCGGCCUGGGGGGCCUGGGGGUCUUUCUCGAUCCUUGGGCCGGGAGGAGGAGGAGGAUGAGGAAGAGGAGCUAGAAGAGGGGACCAUCGAUGUUACUGACUUCCUGUCCAUGACCCAGCAGGACUCCCACACCCCACUCAGGGACUCGAGGGGGUGCUCCUUUGAGAUGACAGAUGACGACAGUGCCAUCAGGGCUCUGACCCAGUUUCCACUUCCCAAGAACCUACUGGCCAAGGUGAUUCAGAUUGCCACCUCGUCCUCCACUGCUAAGAACCUGAUGCAGUUCCAUACUGUGGGCACCAAGACCAAGCUGUCCACCCUUACCCUGCUCUGGCCAUGUCCCAUGACCUUUGUCGCCAAAGGGCGCCGAAAAGCAGAGGCUGAGAACAAGGCAGCAGCCUUGGCCUGCAAGAAGCUGAAGAGCCUGGGCCUAGUGGACAGGAACAACGAGCCGCUUACCCACGCUAUGUACAACCUGGCCUCCUUGCGCGAGCUGGGUGAGACCCAGCGCCGGCCAUGUACCAUCCAGGUGCCCGAGCCCGUCCUCCGCAAGAUUGAGACCUUCCUGAAUCAUUACCCCACGGACAGUUCAUGGAUCUCCCCAGAGCCCCAACUGCAGAGCGAUGAUAUCUUGUCCUUGGGCAAGGACUCAGGGCCCCUGAGUGACCCUAUCACGGGCAAGCCCUACAUGCCCCUGUCAGAAGCAGAGGAGGUGCGUCUGAGCCAGAGCCUGCUUGAGCUGUGGCGGCGGCGAGGUCCGGUCUGGCAAGAGGCCCCUCAGCUACCUGUGGACCCACAUAGGGACACCAUCCUCAAUGCCAUUGAGUUGCACCCGGUGGUGGUCAUCUCCGGGGACACGGGCUGCGGGAAGACCACGCGCAUCCCCCAGCUGCUGCUGGAGCGCUUUGUGACUGAGGGCCGUGGCGCACACUGCAAUGUGAUCAUUACCCAGCCACGCCGCAUCUCAGCUGUGUCUGUGGCACAGCGGGUCGGCCACGAACUGGGCCCUUCUCUGCGCCGGAACGUGGGCUUCCAGGUGCGCUUGGAAAGCAAGCCCCCGGCCCGAGGCGGGGCUUUGCUCUUCUGCACUGUGGGCAUCCUGCUGCGGAAGCUGCAGAGCAACCCCAGCCUGGAGGGCGUGAGCCAUGUCAUCGUGGACGAGGUGCACGAGCGAGACGUGAACACGGACUUCCUGCUUAUUCUGCUCAAGGGCCUGCAGCGACUCAACCCGGCCCUGCGGCUGGUGCUCAUGAGCGCCACAGGUGAUAAUGAGCGCUUUUCCCGCUACUUUGGUGGCUGCCCCGUCAUCAAGGUGCCCGGCUUCAUGUAUCCUGUCAGGGAGCACUACUUGGAGGACAUCCUGGCCAAGCUGGGCAAGCACCAAUACCCACACCGGCACCGGCACCACGAGUCUGAGGACGAGUGCGCCCUCGAUUUGGACCUUGUCACUGACCUGGUGCUGCACAUCGAUGCCCACGGGGAGCCAGGUGGGAUCCUGUGCUUCCUGCCAGGCUGGCAGGAGAUCAAAGGAGUGCAGCAGCGCCUCCAGGAGGCCCUGGGCGUGCACGAGAGCAAGUACCUCAUCCUGCCAGUGCACUCCAACAUCCCCAUGAUGGACCAGAAGGCCAUAUUCCAGCAACCUCCACUCGGGGUGCGCAAGAUUGUCUUGGCCACCAACAUUGCUGAGACCUCCAUCACGAUUAAUGAUAUUGUGCACGUGGUGGACAGCGGUCUCCACAAGGAGGAGCGCUACGACCUGAAGACCAAGGUGUCCUGCCUGGAGACCGUGUGGGUGUCCCGAGCCAACGUGAUCCAGCGCCGGGGCCGGGCAGGCCGUUGUCAGUCGGGCUUUGCCUACCACCUGUUCCCGCGCAGCCGGCUGGAGAAAAUGGCCCCUUUCCAAGUGCCAGAGAUCCUGCGCACACCCCUUGAGAACCUGGUGCUGCAAGCCAAGAUCCACAUGCCAGAGAAGACAGCAGUGGAGUUCCUCUCCAAGGCUGUGGACAGUCCAGACAUCAAGGCAGUGGACGAGGCCGUGAUCUUGCUACAGGAGAUAGGGGUGCUGGACCAGCGAGAGUACCUGACCACCCUGGGGCAGCGCCUAGCCCACAUCUCCACCGACCCCCGGCUGGCCAAGGCCAUAGUGCUGGCUGCCAUCUUCCGUUGCCUGCACCCGCUGCUGGUGGUUGUUUCCUGCCUCACCCGGGACCCCUUCAGCAGCAGCCUGCAGAAUCGGGCGGAGGUGGACAAGGUGAAGGCACUGUUGAGCCAUGACAGUGGCAGUGACCAUCUGGCCUUUGUGCGGGCUGUGGCUGGCUGGGAGGAAGUGCUGCGCUGGCAGGACCGCAGCUCCCGGGAGAACUACCUGGAGGAGAACCUGCUGUACGCGCCCAGCCUGCGCUUCAUCCACGGCCUCAUCAAGCAGUUCUCUGAGAACAUUUACGAGGCCUUCCUGGUGGGGAAGCCCUCGGACUGCACCCUGGCCUCUGCCCAGUGCAAUGAGUACAGUGAGGAGGAGGAGCUGGUGAAGGGUGUGCUGAUGGCGGGCCUCUACCCCAACCUCAUCCAGGUGAGGCAGGGCAAGGUGACCCGGCAGGGGAAGUUCAAGCCCAACAGUGUCACAUACAGGACCAAAUCAGGCAACAUUCUGCUGCACAAGUCGACCAUUAACAGGGAGGCCACACGGCUACGGAGCCGGUGGCUGACGUACUUCAUGGCCGUCAAGUCCAACGGCAGUGUCUUCGUCCGGGACUCCUCACAGGUGCACCCACUAGCUGUGCUGCUACUGACCGAUGGGGAUGUCCACAUCCGUGAUGAUGGGCGCCGGGCCACCAUCUCACUGAGUGACAAUGACCUGCUGAGGCUGGAGGGCGACUCACGCACCGUGCGGCUGCUGAGGGAGCUGCGCCGAGCCCUGGGACGCAUGGUGGAGCGGAGCCUACGCAGCGAGCUGGCUGCACUGCCACCCAGCGUGCAGCAGGAACAUGGGCAGCUGCUCGCCCUCCUGGCAGAACUGCUGCGGGGACCCUGUGGCAGCUUUGACGUGCGCAAGGCAGCUGAUGACUGAGCCCCGCUUCCACUGGGGCUGUGUACAGAGUGCAUAUGUUUAUUUAAAAUAAAGUUCUAUUUAUCCCU